GUUGUCUGUUUCGUUUUUUAAUUCCUCAUCAGCAGCCUACCUGCACUGCCCGCCCGGCUGAUCAUUAUUAAUUCCUUUCUCUUUUGCCGGCUUUUUUUAAACCUCUUAUUUAAUUCAUAAGUCACUGGAGAAGCUAGCGUACGUUCUAAUUGCAGGUUUUUAAUUACUAGUAAUAAUCCUGUGAUCAAUUAGCUUCACGGCUACGCUGGAGUGUCCCUCUCAACACCUGCAGGAGCAGCACUAUAUAAACCACAUACCAUCCAAUCCAUUUGGACAAACCAAACACAGUACAAAACACAUAGUAGUAGCUGUAAUUAAGCAGCAAGCAACUCACAAAUCCUGAUCUGGUUGAUCUCACCAUGGGCGCCAUCUCCAAGCCAUUGCUCCUUGCCAUCCUCUGCUGCAUCGUCUGCCUCUACAGCAGCAGCGGCGGCGCCAUUGUCGCGGCGGCGCGUGAGCUCGGCGGCGACGCAGCCAUGGCGGCGAGGCACGAGAGGUGGAUGGCGCAGCACGGCCGUGUGUACAAGGACGCCGCGGAGAAGGCGCGGCGGCUCGAGGUGUUCAAGGCCAACGUCGCGUUCAUCGAGUCGUUCAACGCCGGUGGCAAGAACAGGUACUGGCUCGGCGUCAACCAGUUCGCCGAUCUCACCAGCGAGGAGUUCAAGGCGACCAUGACCAACAGCAAGGGGUUCAGUACUCCUAAUAAUGGUGUUAGGGUAUCAACUGGGUUCAAGUAUGAGAAUGUUAGUGCCGAUGCUUUGCCUGCGUCCGUGGACUGGAGGACCAAAGGUGCCGUCACUCGCAUCAAGGACCAAGGCCAAUGUGGUUGCUGCUGGGCGUUCUCGGCCGUGGCAGCGAUGGAGGGCUUCGUCAAGCUGAGCACCGGCAAGCUCAUCUCGCUGUCGGAGCAGGAGCUGGUCGACUGCGACGUCGACGGCAACGACCAGGGCUGCGAGGGCGGCGAGAUUGACGGCGCGUUCCAGUUCAUCCUCAGCAACGGCGGCCUCACAGCCGAGGCAAACUACCCGUACACGGCGGAGGACGGCCGGUGCAAGACCACGGCGGCGGCGGACGUCGCCGCGUCCAUCAGGGGCUACGAGGACGUGCCGGCCAACGACGAGCCCAGCCUCAUGAAGGCCGUCGCCGGCCAGCCGGUGUCGGUGGCCGUCGACGCGUCCAAGUUCCAGUUCUACGGCGGCGGCGUGAUGGCCGGCGAAUGCGGCACCAGCCUAGACCACGGCGUCACCGUGAUCGGCUAUGGCGCGGCGAGCGAUGGCACCAAGUAUUGGCUGGUGAAGAACUCGUGGGGCACGACGUGGGGCGAGGCCGGGUACCUGAGGAUGGAGAAGGACAUUGAUGACAAGAGGGGUAUGUGUGGCCUUGCCAUGCAGCCUUCCUACCCUACUGAGUAGCUUAGCAAGGUGUUGAAUAAUUGUAUACACAUCCAUAUAUAUUGUCUUGUAAUGCAUGUUCCAAUGUGGGUUAUUUGUUCAGUUACAAGAGUGUAUGUAAAUAUAUUGGAUAUGGGAUUAAAGAUUGGGAAUUAAUUUUAGAGAAAAUCCAAGAAAUACCAUU